AUGCAGCAAUUGGAAGGCCGCAGCACGACGAUCUUCAUCGUCACGACGAUUUUCCUCGGCAUCUCGUUCAUUACGGUUUGUCUACGAUGCUUCGUCCGCCUCCGCCUCGUCAAGGCCUUCGGGUGGGAUGAUGCGUUGAUGGUCUUUGCCAUGAUGCUGAACAUCCUGUUCGCGCUCUGUGGUAUCACGGGUGCAUUGUAUGGUAUCGGACAGAGGACAGAGCCUCUUCUGAUGAAAGGAACGGCCGAAACUGCCAUGUUUUGGUGGUGGCUCGGCCAAACCAGCUACGUCUGGGUCUGCGCCAUCGCAAAGAGCUCGAUCGCCGUGGCUCUACUCCGCUUGACCGUUCGCCGGAUCCAUAAUAUCAUCCUGUACACAGUCAUCGGUGUGACCGCCAUCGUUGGGGUGAUCUUCUUCUUCGUCCUGACCCUCCAGUGCCAACCGGUCUCGUACUUCUGGCACCGCAUCCUGCUCAAGGUCGACCCGAUGGCCGACAUCCAUGGCUCGUGCAUGAACAUUAAUAUUGUCAUUGCUGUCGCCUACGUUUAUAGCGUCACGGCCGUGUGCUGUGAUCUUGCACUGGGAUUGUUGCCUAUGUUUCUGGUCUGGAACUUGCAGAUGGUUACUCAGACCAAGGUGGCGCUGGCUUGUAUUCUGGGCAUGGGUUGUGUUGCAAGCGCAGCCGUCAUCAUCCGCAUUCCAUACUUGCACGAUUACAAAAACCCCGACUUCUUAUAUGCAACUGCCAACAUCUCGAUCUGGUCCAAUGUCGAGGCCAGCCUGGGCAUCGCGGCAGGCAGCCUGGUGACCCUACGCCCUCUAUUCCGCUGGUUUCGCGACCCCAGUAGCAAGGGUACGCGGACGAAGCACACAGGAGGGAGCAUGCCCCUCUCCAGUGUGAAUGCGUCCCGCUCGACAGACCCCAAAGGCCCACGGUACUGGAGACCGGACCUCGACCCGGAGGAUUCGCAUCUCACCACGACCGUGCACACUGCCACAAAGGAUAGUCGCACGAGUAGCCAGGAGGAUUUGAAUCCGAAAGAGUCAGGCACGUUCUUCCAUGGCGUCAAUAUUCAGAAGACGUUUUAUGUUUCGGAGGAUAGCUCCUAA